AUGUCCCUCCUCUUCCUCCUCCUCCUGCUCAUGUUCGGGUUCAACGCAAUCCAAUCGACCACCGAUUUGGAGACAUACAUUGUCUUUGUAAGCAAACCACAAGGAGGCACUCUCAGUACACAAACCCCAGAAGAUGUAGACGCAUGGUCCACCAUCUCAACAAGCUCAUCAUCAACACACCAGCCCGCGCCACGAACUCUAGUUCAUUCCUACAGGAACAUCGUUACGGGCUUCGCUGCCAGAGUAACCCCUGCAGAAGCCAGAGCCAUGGAGUCGAAACCAGGGUUCGUCUCGACCUGGCCGGAGAGGACACUCCAGCUCCACACAACGCACACUCCCGACUUCCUAGGCCUCCAUCACAACUCCGGCCUCUGGCCACGCUCCAACUACGGUCGAGGAACGAUCAUCGGAGUGAUAGACACCGGGGUGUCUCCCGAUCACCCUUCCUUCUCCGAUGAAGGAAUGCCACCUCCACCAGCCAAGUGGAAAGGGAGAUGCGAAAUGUCUUGCAACAACAAGUUGAUCGGUGCCCGAAACUUCGUCCCAACGGCUAGCCAGCCAUUCGACGACAAUGGCCACGGGACUCACACAUCAUCCACAGCUGCUGGCGCCUCGGUCCGAGGCGCCAGCUUCUACGGUCAGGUCAACGGGACCGCUGCAGGAAUGGCGCCUAGAGCUCACUUGGCGGUGUACAAAGUCUGUUCCGCGACAGGUGAUUGCAAAGAGAGUGACGUCCUGGCUGGAAUGGAUGCUGCGGUGGCCGAUGGAGUCGACGUCCUCUCGCUUUCCCUCGGCUACGGUUCGUUUCCUUUCCAUCAGGACUCCAUCGCUGUAGGUGCAUUUGGCGCGAUUCAGAAGGGCGUCUUCGUAACCUGCUCGGCUGGGAACAACGGUCCGAGCUUUUCGUCGUUGUCGAAUGGGGCUCCAUGGAUACUAACCGUGGGGGCUAGCACAGUGGAUAGAAGCGUGAGAGCUACAGUGACACUAGCCAAUAAUAAAACUAAGAUCCACGGGGAGUCCUAUUUCCAGCCUAAAAACUCUGUUUUUUCUUCUUCUCCCACUCUGUUGCCGCUUGUUUACCCCGGGAUCAACGGCAGUGCCGCGUCGGCCGUCUGCCGCAAUCUGAGCAAGCACGAUGUCAAGGGCAAAGUGGUGUUGUGCGAUAACUACGAUUACUUUGGCGUAGUUGAACAAGGGCAGGCAGUGAAGGAUGCUGGUGGAGCUGCGAUGAUCCUGGUCAGCAAUCCUUCCAAGGAAGAUGUCCCGGAGCCAGAGCUCCACGUCCUGCCAGCUUCAUACAUUAGCUUCGCCGACGGCGAGCUUGUCAAAAGCUACAUCAACUCAUCGAUUUCUUCUCCAUUGUCUUCGCCGCCAACGGCUAAAAUAACAUUCCAAGGAACUGUCCUUGGCUUGCCUUACGCUCCCCAAGUUGCGGUCUUUUCGUCUCGCGGGCCUAACUCUGCCAGCCCCGGAAUCCUGAAACCUGACAUCUUAGGUCCUGGAGUUCUCGUUCUAGCUGCCUGGCCGACAUCCAAGGAUGGCAACAACAAGACCAAGUCGACGUUCAACGUCAUCUCCGGAACCUCAAUGUCGUGUCCACAUCUGGCCGGGAUUGCAGCGCUGCUCAAAAGCUCGCACCCUGACUGGUCUCCUGCGGCGAUCAAAUCGGCCAUCAUGACCACUGCUGACCGGACUAGUCUCGCUGGCGGUCGGAUAACCGAUCAGCACUUCGUGGAGGCGGAUCUGUUUGCUACUGGGUCGGGUCAGGUGAACCCGAAUAAGGCGAAUGAUCCCGGUCUUGUGUACGAUCUGCAGCCUGAUGACUACAUUUCGUACCUGUGCGGACUUGGUUACAAUGUUGAGGCAAUUGUGCAGCGGAAAGUGAGUUGCGAGAAGAAUUACUCGAGCACAGCUGAAGCAGAGCUAAACUACCCGUCGUUUUCGAUCACGCUGAGCUCGGAUAACCCACAGAGUUACACGAGGACAGUGACGAAUGUGGGAGCUGCUAAGUCGGGUUACAAAUGUGAAAUCCUUGGGCUACAAGGAGUUGAUGUCAAGGUGACACCUUGUGAAAUUGGUUUCACUGAGGUGAAUCAGAAGGUGAGAUUUUCGGUGAUGUUUAGAAGAAGAGGAAAGUACAGCAGACCUUCGGAUCAAGGGUAUCUCAGGUGGGUUUCUAGUGAUCACAAUGUCACUAGCCCGAUUGCUGUUAAGUUCGCGAUUGAGGGACAUCAAAUUAUCGGGAAGGAUUAA